GAUGCCCCAGCACGGGGGGCACCGGGGCCGGGGUCCCUGGUGCGCGCUGGCGCUGCUGGUCCUGGCCCCGAUGGUCACGGCCGGGGACCGAGGACCCCUGGAGUGCGAGGAGCAAGCGGUGUCUGCCAACGGAAUGCUGGAGCUGCUGCCGGAGAAACCCGUGCGGGAAUGGGCCAGAGUCAGAUGGAGAACGGGGAUGGACGCAGGCUCCUACCAGGUGAUCCUGGUGGCCGAGAGGAACAAACCCGCCUCCAUCCGCAAGAGCCCGUUCUCCGGCAGAGCCGUGUUCCAGGAGGAGCCCCUUUCCCUGCGGAUCAGCCCCGUUCGCACCGCGGAUGCGGGGCUCUACGAGGCCGAGUUCGAGGACGCAGGAGGCGAGCUCAUCCCGCGGUGCUUCCGCGUGUCCGUGUGGGAGCCCCUCCAGCCGCCCCGUGUGGAGAGCCUCGUCCUGCCCGAGGAGCGGGGCUGGUGCAACCUCUCUCUGCUCUGCUCGGCGCCCGGUGCCGGCCCCGUCUCCUACAGCUGGUCCUGCAGCGGGGAUGCGGCGGGGGCGCCCGAGCCUGGGCCCCGCCUGCACCGGCGGCUCCGCGGGGAUGCCGGCCCCAUCGUGUGCGGCUGCAACGUGAGCAACGCGGUGAGCUGGAGCUCGGCCAACGCCAGCAUCGCGGCAGCCUGCAGCGCCGCGGCCGCCGGGCUCGCCAGCAUCGUUCUAGGCUGGGCAGUGGCAGUGGCUGUGCUGGUCCUGGCCAUCGCCAUCGCCCUUGGCAUCACCUGCUACUGGUGGAGGAGACGCCGAAAGGAUCCCCCAAGAGGACACAUCGAGCAGGCACUCACUGUCUACGAGGAGGUGGGAAAAGCCCAAACAGUCCAAGACCCUAGCACAACGAGGAAUGAGGCCGCAUCGGGGGAAAACACCAUUUAUGCUGUCAUCUGCAAAGCACAGGGCCCCAGCCUCCCCCCGGAGCCCGAAAGCAGAACCAUUUACUCCAGUCUCCAGCCCACCAGGAAGUCUCCAUCUCUCAGGAGGAAGAGGCUGGACCCAGCUUUGAUUUCCACUGCCUAUGCAGAGGUUACGGGGUGCCCCAGACGCCCCCCAUCACAGAUCAUGCCCCCCGCUCCUACCGGCCACCACCUCUCCUAGAGCCCCAGCAGGACCCUGCCUUCCCCAAUGGGCUUCUCCCAGAGCCCCCCAGCACCCACCAGGAUCCCACCCAGCAAAGCCAGGAUCUCCUUGGGAUGGAACCAAUCCAACAAGGAUUCAAACCCCAUCUGUGCCACGGAGGCUUUCGUGAUGGGAAGACUCAGUGAUGGGAUCCUGUCUUUGGAGGAGAUGGAAGUGAAAUUGGGCUGAUGGGGCUGUGGGGA